UAUGACGUUUGGAAGAGUGCGAAUCCUAUUUUUAAUCGUGGAGGGGUAAACGUCAAGUAUACACACUGAACAACAGCACACCGAUUAAGAGAAAGUUCGCGGUAAAAGAGCGGUUAGGCGGAGACACUUGAAUAAUAUGACGAUGGUGGUCGCUACGUUUUGCAGCAACUAGUCUUUUGUGUGCUGCUGCGGCUCUCAGUCGGUUUACUUUCUUAUAAUAUUUGUCUUUAUUGUUAAUAUUGUUUCGGAGAAGAAAGACUACACUUCGUUAUUUAUAUAUAGAUAAACAUAUAUAUAUAUAUAUAUAUCUGUGGUGUAUUGAUAGUCGUGAUGAUAAAAAUGUAAAAAAAAACCGCCAAUGUGAUCUGCCGUUUUAUCUGUCACUAUAUAUCAUCGUAUUAAGAUAUACAAAAGGACAAUUUUCUCGCUCGCGUCUUUUGUUAUCUUAUUUUUUUUAUAAAGAAAAUUUCUCAUCCACGUAUCUAUAUAAAUAUAAUAUAUUAUUAUACUCUAUUGAAAUCUGCUUUUAUUGAACUAUUACAAUAAUAAUACUAAUAGCAUAUUAUAUCCGUGACUCGUGAGUUAUUGGUUUUUACACAAUCAGUGAUAAUACUCAUUAAUAUACGACUUGAGACGCGGUAAGUUCAAAGUUACUAUAAAAUUUUUUUCUCGACGGUUAGUAGUUCGCUAAUUAAUAAUAUAUUUUCGGUGCGAAUGAAAAUAACCGAGUAAGGAUUUUAGAUUUCAAGUGUAAGUCAGUUUACGUUUAAUUAAUUUGACAUUGAAUUUUUCUCGAAAUUAAGUACCACGUGUUUUCGUUACGUGGUUUCCGUAUUAUAUAUUAUUAUUGUUAUUGUCGUAAUUUUAUUACACUAUACUAGGUAGUGUCGGAUUUUUUUUUAUUAUUAUUUUUUUCACUCGUUCUUUUACUCUCAGUGACCGCGAGUGAAAGUGAACGUGUGUGCGGCGUGUGAGAUAGAAAAUUUAAUAAUCAUAAUACUACCUACUACUACUACUACUACUACUACUACUACUACUACUACUACUACUACUACUACUACUACUACUACUAUUACUACUACUACUACUUCAUCUAAUAACAAUAAUAUAACAACGGAGACGACUGAGCGGCGCGUGUACAGAAAGAAAGUGGAUACUCUCGUUCCGUGACAUUGUAUACGCGCAGGAAUCCAAGGUAAACUGCUGCUGUUACUCCUGUUAUUGAAGUGAUAGUUUUUCGAGCGAUAUACGCGCGAAUACUAUUAUUAUUAUUAUUAUAUUAUUUGCUCGGGCCAAGCCCUAUUUGCCGUAUCGCAUAUAAUACACACACGUACGCGCCGACUUCGCACACGCGCGGGUGAAAGAAGAAAGCGGCUGACACUGGAGCAUAAGAUUCGUGGCGGGCAUUCUUCCGAUAUUCGUCGGUCGUAGUCAAAACCGUCACUCGUCUUCACCGUCGUCGUCAUCAUCAUCAUAAUCAUCGGAUGUUACGCAACAACGACAGUUGUAUAGUAGUUAUCGUCGUGUUUCACAGCGGCCUUACGGGUCAAUGUCGUAUCGCCGAAACGCCACCGAAACACCACGACAACCGCGACAAAUCUUCGUCACAAUAACGUUAUAACCGGCCACACAUUAUAACCAACGGCGGCAUUAUAACCACAUCGUUACCGUUAAUAACGAUAAAAAUCGCGCGGCACGUUGAAUACGAGCGCGUUGCCAUGAGGUCAUACUCCAUAAUCGUCAGUGUCAUAGUGAUGCAGUUGUAUUGCAACAGUGUCUUGUCGUUCGACGGCCACGCGGAUUCCACGGCGGCUUACUCGUCCGAUGCAGAGUAUUACUCGCCAUCAGCCGUCAGAUCCAACGAUCGUCAGCGCCAACGGAUAAAUCGCGAUACUGACGGAGGCGGAGGCGGUAACGAUCACCACGUCGACGACAGAUCGGACGCGUAUGACGGUAACCGUCGUACGGUCAACACGUAUCAUCACGUCAGCGACGGCACGUCUUCGUCGGCCACCGACGGAGGCGGCUGGAUCAUUGGCGGCAGCCGUCGACGGGCGUCGGCCGGCGCGCACAAGUACCACCAGGACAAGGUGGCAUUCGCUGGCGAGUCGGAAGACAAGCGGAGGGAACCGGUGGACGACAAGCAGCAGUGGCCGACGGUCGUCACCGGAUCGGAUGCCGCGUCGUCGCUGUCCGAAGUGCAGGUGGUCGUGCACCAGGCGCCGCACCUAAACUCGGUGGUCGACGGCGAUCAGCAGCAACCGUCGUCGGACGCCGCGUCAAAGUGGUACUCGAAGCGCUUGUCGUACGCGACCAAGACGUCUCCGGCGGCCGCGUCCGCCACUGCGCCGCCGUCGCUGUCGUUACAGCAGCAGCCGGAAGCCGUGGGAAGCAACGCCGUGCUGUUGGCAGAAGUGCUCGGUCAAAAGUCCGGUUUCAACACCACCGCCGGCAAGGGCGGCUACUACGGCGGGCCAACCGUCACCGGUUCCAAAGGCUUUCAAAACGAUCUCAUGGACAUGUUGGGCAAAAUGAUACCACAGACCUGCUGGUACAACAGCAACAAAUUCGAUUGCGGCCUUAGCAUUUCGUGCGUGCUCGAGGGCGGCAAACCAGUGGACUUGUGCAGUGGUGGCAUGAUAUGGAGCUGUUGCGUGUCCAGAGACAAAAUUCAGACAUCCGGAUCUUCUUCGUCGUCGUCAUCGUCGUCGUCGUCAUCAUCGUCGUCAUCGUCCGUGACGGCAGCGUCGAAUUCGGUGGGAACAAUAGAAAAUGCUACCAUACAGUUCCUGAUGCAAUACCCCGAAUUCCAACACCACUACAACAUGUAUAUGCAUCAACAACACCAACAUCAGCAGCAACAACAACUGCAAAUACAACAACUACAACAACAACAACAACACCAUCACAACCAUCAGCACCCGACGGUGGCGAGUUACGUGGACAACUACAUCAACGACAUAAGUCCGUCAUCGCAGUCUUUCGUCGCCGAUCAAACGGCCAAACCGUCGUACUAUUACCAACAAGAGCACCAGCAUUACCACCCGUAUUACUAUCAGCACCAACAGGGUGCCGUCGGUGGCCAUUGGCAGAUUAACAGUGCUGGGGCAGUCAGCAGCACGUCGACCAGCACGACUUUACCACCCACGUCACAAAAUUUGCUGUUCCACAGCGAUCACGGAAACGUGAUGUUUUAUUCCACGCAUAAACCUCCCCAACUGGCGCCGUUCUCUCACAUCACGCAAAUCGGCAGCGGCAUCGGUGUGGCCGACGACCAACUGCAGCAGCAACAGCAGCAGCAGCAACUGCAACUGCAGCAACAGCAGCAGCAGCAACAGCAACCGCAGCAGCAACAGAGUCAAUUGUUGCACUACAUGCCGUCCGGAUAUCGCGGCUGUGGAGAGCUAUAUGCAAGAAGCCAUAGAAUUGUGGGUGGACAUGGAUCAAACUUCGGUACACAUCCGUGGCAGGCUGCUAUCAUCAAGUCAGGGUUUUUGUCAAAAAAAUUGUCGUGUGGAGGUGCUCUACUGAGUAAUCGAUGGGUAGUUACUGCUGCACAUUGCGUGGCCACAACGGCGAAUAAUAAUUUAAAAGUACGGCUCGGUGAAUGGGAUGUACGUGAUCAAUCAGAAAAGUACGCACAUGAAGAAUUCAAUGUGGAGCGCAAAGAAGUACAUCCACAAUACAGUCCUACAGAUUUUCGUAACGACGUCGCUUUAGUAAAAAUUGACCAUGAUGUAACCUAUAAACAGCACAUCAUUCCGGUGUGUUUACCAAGCUCAGCUGCUAAAUUGGUUGGCAAGACAGCUACAGUAGCUGGUUGGGGUCGUACUCGACAUGGAGUUUCAACAGUUCCUACGGUGUUACAAGAAGUACAAGUCGAGGUGAUACCAAAUGAAAGGUGCCAAAGAUGGUUCCGGGCGGCUGGUCGAAGGGAAACCAUUCAUGAUGUGUUCCUGUGUGCGGGAUACAAAGAAGGUGGUCGUGACAGUUGUCAGGGAGACUCUGGCGGACCGUUGACAACGAUGCUGGACGGACGGAAAACUCUAAUCGGAUUGGUCUCUUGGGGAAUCGGAUGUGGUCGUGAACAUUUACCCGGAGUUUACACCAAUGUACAGCGUUUCGUGCCGUGGAUCGACAAAGUAAUGACGUGAUAGUAGUAUUUGGGUUUAUGACUUAAAAUUAUGCAAACAUUAAGCUAUUAUAUUUAAAUCUAUUUUAUGUUAUUAUAAAUUAUUCAUAUUUAUGAUCUGUUUUAAUUAGGUACAUUUACCAUUGAGUUAAUUUAUUUAUUUAUGAAAUUAUACAUAUAAUCUAUAUGUAUACUAUUUAAUACUUAUGUAAUAAAUGCAUGAAUAUUGCAUAGCAAAUAGAUAAAAAAAAAAAUUAAUAAUAGUUAUUUAUCGUUAUGAUUUUGUAAUUUCUCGAUGUCGAAUUGUGCUAUUGUUUAAUUUAAUUAUUUUGAUUUUAAAUUUAUAUUCAUCAUUCGUGUAAAAUAAAUGUGUAUAAUAAUGUGUA